AUGGAUUACCAACGCCAAUUACUUGAGGAGCUGAUGGCUCCCUUUGAGAGAUCUAAUAAACACAACUUCUGGGAUGAUUCUGUUUGUAAACACUUUUUAGUUAAAUUUUGUCCCAAUUCUCUAUUCACCAAUACAAAGUCUGACCUUGGACCUUGUACCAAAGUUCACGAUGAAAAGUUAAGGAAACAAUAUCAAGAAGCACCAGAUCGUACAAAAUAUGGUUAUGAAAUUAAAUUUUACGAUUAUUUGCAAUCAUUGUGCAAUGAUUUGGACAAAAAAAUUAGGAAAGGAAAUGAUCGAUUAAACGUUCGUCCAGACGACACACUCUUGAAUCCAAAUAAAGAUGAAAAGGAAGAGAAAAUGAUAAUUCUGGACGAAAAGAUUAAAGAAUUAUUAGUGAAGAUUGAGGAGGCAGGGGAAGAAGGACGUGUACAAGAAGCUCAGAUUUUAACCAAAGAAGUAGAAACACUUCAAAAAGACUUGGAUUUCUUAAAGAACAGCGAUGACUCAAACCCAUUAUUUAAACAAGAAAGAAGAAUGUUAGUUUGUGAAGUAUGCGGAGCUUUUUUAGUUACAAAUGAUACAUCCAACCGUAUGGAUGCUCAUUUACAAGGGAAGCAACAUACAGGUUAUAAGCAGAUUCGUGAAACUCUUCAUGAAUGGAAGCAAAUGCGAGCAUAUUCGUCCCGGGAUUCACAUCGAGGAGAUCAUCGACGGGAUUCAUAUAGUAGACAUGAACCAUAUCCUCGUAAUCAUCGUAGGGAAAAACAUAAGGACAAAGAUUACCGACGGGAUGAUUACCAGGAUCGAGAUUAUGAAGAUUAUGGACGUAGAAGAAACAGCAAAGAAUAUCGACGAGACAGGAUUGAUAGAGGGCGUCGAUAUGAUGAUUAA